UCGCGUGCUAGUUUUGUACAGAUUACAUUGUGAAUUGUCUACCUCGAACACUCGCGUGCAGGUUCAUUGUCGGGAAAUUAUCUCAUCGUGGUGAAACACUCGCACCGUCCUGUCGAGGAGGAAGAACGAGGCGCCACACUUCUGCAUCGUAGCCUGUUUCUAUAACAAAUAAUAAUAAUUUAAAAGAAACUGGCAAAAUAAACGAGGCAAUUUGACAAGCCUGCAAAGGUCUACGGGGUCCCGGAGGAGGCUGAAUAGUGCAAUGAUGACGGGGAAAUCUGUGAAAGAUGUUGACAGGUACCAGGCUGUCCUCAACUCUUUGCUAGCGAUGGAGGAAAAUAAAUUCUGCGCAGAUUGUGAAUCUAAAGGUCCGAGAUGGGCAUCCUGGAACCUGGGGAUCUUCAUCUGUAUCCGCUGUGCGGGGAUCCACCGCAAUCUGGGGGUUCACAUCUCCAAGGUCAAGUCAGUCAACCUGGACCAGUGGACGCAGGAACAGAUUCAGUGUGUUCAGGAGAUGGGGAAUGCUAAGGCCAAACGUCUCUACGAGGCUUUCUUACCUGAGUGCUUCCAGCGUCCUGAGACAGACCAAUCUGCAGAGAUCUUCAUCAGAGACAAAUACGAUAAGAAAAAGUACAUGGACAAGGUCAUUGACAUUCAGAUGCUCAGGAAAGAGAAAAGCUGCGACAACAUACCUAAGGAACCAGUCGUCUUUGAGAAAAUGAAAUUGAAAAAAGAAGUCAGCCCAAAAACACAGUCCCAGUCUGUCACAGACCUGCUCGGGUUAGAUGCCCCUGCCCCAAGUCCUGCGGUGUCUAAUGGGGGAGGAUGUCCCCCAGAGGAGAAACUGGGCCCGUCGUUGGCUAAUCCAGCUCUGGCACACUCCGCCCUAGAUCUAUUCACCUCUCUGCCUGCUUCCUCCUCUGCCUCCUCCACCAAAACCACGCCUGUGUCCAGCUCCAUGUCUCGGAGUAGAGUGGCUGCUUCUGUCCCUGAGAAUCUCAGUUUGUUCCUUGACCCAGCACCCAAAGCAGACGAGGGGACUGUCAAGAAACUGUCCAAGGACUCUAUUCUCUCCCUGUAUGCCUCCACGCCCUCUGUACAUGCCAGCAGCAUGGCCACUCAUGCUGGUCUGUACAUGAAUCAAAUGGGAUACCCUACACAUCCAUAUGGAUCAUUCCAUUCCUUGGCCCAAGCGGGAGGAAUGCCAGGAACUAUGAUGACAUCACAGAUGGCCAUGAUGGGACAGCAGCAGAGUGGCAUGAUGGGUGUUCAACAGAAUACUAUGAUGGGACAACAGAAUGGCAUGAUGGGUGCACAAGGUGUCAUGGCCCAACCAAGCGGGGUUGCAGUAUCACCUUACAUGUCAGGGAUGGCCCAAGGCAUGAUGGGACAGCAACAGAAUGGCAUGAUGGGACAGCAGCAGAACAGCAUGAUGGGACAGCAACAAAACGGCAUGAUGGGACAGCAGCAGAACAGCAUGAUGGGACAGCAGCAGAACGGCAUGAUGGGACAGCAGCUGAACAGCAUGAUGGGACAGCAGCUGAACAGCAUGAUGGGACAGCAGCAGAUGAGUACUUUGGCCACCCUACCUCACCAGCAGGUCUAUGGCGUGCAACAGGCCCAGCAGCUACAGUGGAACAUCGCCCAGAUGACUCAGCACAUGGCAGGCGUGAAUUUCUACGGCACCAAUGGGAUGAUGGGAUACAAUGGCCAACACAUAAGAGGACCAACAACUUCAAGCUCUGCCCACAUGGCAGCACAUGUUUGGAAAUGAUUCCAUCAUCACGGGAAGUGACGUGAUGUCACUGACCAAUGCUGGAGACGGGGAAAUGGAGUCAAUGGA